AUGACUAUCCUCCUCGUCCCCGGUACUGCCCAGACCUCCCUCGCGAUCGCCUCUCACCUGGCCAACCACCCCUCGUCUCCAUCCUAUGUCCUUGCGGUCCGCAACACUGACAGCUCGCCCUCUGCUGAGAUUCACCACCCAACGAUCACCCUCUCCCUCUCCGACCCUACCACCUGGCAGCCCGCAUUCACCUCUUGCCCUCUCAGACGUGGUUCCGACUUGCGCGAUGCAGGCAGCGGAGUCCACACAAGCACAGCGACUGACUGGCAGACACAGAAAGAUGAUCCAACGAGACAAGUCAGGCUGGACGACAGGAUGGGAGGAGGUAUACGUCGAAGACAACAAGGUCGUGCCGCUUGA